GAUAAGCUUUCUCAUGCAUCUUAAUGCAUAUAUGCGGUGAUGAACAUCACUAGAAUAACUUAUCAGAACCAAACCACAUGACAUCUACCUUUAUUUUCACAAAUUACUUCCCAUUUGCUUUCUCAUAACACUAGCCAUGACCCUUUAUGACUGCAAUUCUCUGAUGCUUGUAAUCACUUUCUUCUUCCUUGUCUCCUUCACCUCUGCAAAGAUCACUUUGGCCAUUUUUCCUGCUACCAACCCCAACAUUGCAGUCAGAGGCGAUGCUAGGUUCGGCACGGACGUGAUUCCACUCACACCCCAAGAGAUUGGUGGAAAAUGGGGAAACAGCACAGGUCGAGUCUUCUAUAAGGAUCCCAUUGAUAUAUGGGGUCCGCAAAACACGAAUGUUGUUAGUUUCACAACCGAGUUCGUGUUUGCUAUCCAUGGAUCAGUUACAAAUGGCUCGGGAGGGGGCCUUGCCUUCUUCUUAUCUCCGGUUGGUUCGGUGAUCCCGGAGAAUUCAUAUGGUGGGUGGCUUGGCCUCUUCAAUGAGACCACAAAUAACAGUUCUUCGAAUCAAAUGGUGGCUGUGGAGUUCGAUACAUUUCAAGAUUCAUGGGAUCUUCCUGUAGACCAUGUCGGAAUCGAUGUGAACUCCAUUGUUUCGAACGCAAGCAAAACUUGGACAGAUACAAUGACAAGCAGUGAUUUCGUCUAUGUUCGUAUUGAUUAUGAUGGGGCAUCAAAGAAUUUGAGUGUCUUUCUAAAACAUGAAGAGGUCCCUGUGGCUUUUGGAUCCUUGAAUCUUACUCAUGAGAUAGAUUUGAGCCAGGUCCUCCCUCAACAGGUAAUUAUGGGGUUCUCAGCUUCCACUGGUUCUCAAAUCAUUCGACAUGAAAUCUUUAAGUGGAAUUUCACUAGUAAUUUCAUUCAGGUUAGGGACGAUGUUACUAUAAGUAAUAUAGCAUUGGGAUUUAUCAUAGCCAGUGCAAUUCUAGUUUUUUUUGUAGGUUUGGCUCUGGGUGUAUGGUGUAGGAGAGUGAAAGGAAAGGAGAAGGAGGAGGAUUGGGGUUUUGAUGAAAAAAUGGAUGAAAACUUUAUGAAAGGUACUGGCCCAAGGAGAUUUUCUUAUAAGGAGCUCAUGAGUGCCACCCAUAACUUCAGCGAGGAUGGCAAACUUGGAGAGGGAGGUUUUGGGGGGGUUUAUAAAGGUGUCCUUGGUGAGUACAAUGACAUGAUAGCAGUGAAGAGGAUCUCCAAAGGUUCUAAACAAGGAACUAAGGAGUAUGUCUCAGAAGUGACUGUCAUAAGCCGUUUACGACAUCGAAAUCUUGUUCAACUUCUAGGUUGGUGCCAUAACAGAGGUGACCUGCUUCUUGUUUACGAGUUCAUGCCCAAUGGAAGUCUUGAUUCUCAUCUUUUCGGAGCUACAGUCGGGCUUACAUGGGAGGUGAGGUAUAAGAUAGCUUGUGGACUGGCUUCAGCUCUUCUGUACCUUCAUGAAGAGUGGGAACAAUGUGUGGUCCAUCGAGAUAUCAAAUCGAGCAAUGUCAUGUUGGAUUCCAACUUCAAUGCGAAGUUGGGGGACUUUGGGCUAGCUAGGCUUGUCGACCAUGGUCGCGCCUCAGAAACAACAGUGAUUGCCGGGACCAUGGGGUACUUGGCACCUGAGUGUAUUAUCACUGGAAAGGCUAGCAGAGAGUCUGAUGUUUUCAGCUUUGGGGUUGUGACACUAGAGAUUGCUUGUGGAAGGCGACCUGUCGACCGGAAGGCCGACAGUUUGCAGGCAAGGUUGGUCGAAUGGGUAUGGGAUCUCUAUGGAAGAGGGAGGUUGUUUGAUGCAGUUGACGAAAGGUUGGGCUUGAACUAUGACAAGGACCAAAUGGAAAGGCUCAUGGUGGUUGGGUUAUGGUGUGCACACCCUGAUGAAUCUAUGAGGCCUUCAAUUAGGCAAGCCAUACAAGUCAUGAACUUUCAAGAGCCCAUUCCUGAUCUCCCAUCCCAAAUGCCUGUGCCCACCUACUAUGCACCUCCAAGGAAUCCAUCCCAUUACUCAGACACAACAUCAAGUCAUCUCACCAUUAGCUCUUCUGCGUCAAACACCAUAUCUGAAGUUUCUUCCAUUCUUCCACGGUAAAAAAAAGAUUUUUGCCAUUUCAUUCCAUUUGUAAAGCAUUUAAUUUUCAUAUUCGAGAUGGUCCUUCGGAUUUUGUAUCAUGUAUGAAAGAAAUAUAACUGAUUGGAACCUCAAUACGUGCCAAAGCUUUUGAGGCUAAGGAUUUUUGCUUUGAACGAGUCCAUGACCUCCUUGACUGAGAAAUAUAUGGAAGGAGAGACUU